AUCACAUCUUAGUCUUUUUAUAAAUAGUAACGACAAAAAAUAUUGUUGUUGAAUUUAAAUUAGUAUUUCAUCAUAAAAACACAAGUAAAUUGAGCAAAAACAAAUAGUAGAAACUAUACUCAAUGAUAACAGUGUCAGUGACAAAGGUUAUCGCCAAAUGCUGAGAAUGUUGUUUUGACCGCAAUGAAAAUUAAAUAGAAGGACGAUUUGCAUGAGCUAUGGCGGAAAAUGCGGCAAAUUUCACUCAAAUCCUGCAACUGAAGCCUUCAAUUUUUGAGAUCAUUGCACAGAAAUCCCUGCAUGACACUCUGCAUCCUGCCUUACAAAGAGUCGCAUUGUUUCUGGCAACAAAUUUUCCUUUAAAGUUUGGCUGGCUGAAUAAAUAUUAUGAAGAAACUUAUCUGGCACUAAAUUAUCUGUUACAAUACAACUACUUGCAAAAAUAUGAUGCAUCAUUUGCUGAAAACUUCUAUGGACUGAAAAGAGUAUUAACAAACAAUAAAGAAUUUACAGAUAGUAGCAGGAACAUAUCUUUGGUGUUCCUGGUGCUUUUGCCAUAUGUUAAAAGAAAAUUAGAAGAAAAAUUGAAUGUAUAUAAAAUUGAAAGUGCUGAGGGAUGCUUGAAAAAAGACUUUGAAGGAAGAUUGAAAAAACUACUUCUCUUUUCACAUUCCAUAUUUGAAAUGUCAUGGACCUUGUUAACACUUGCCAAUUAUUUGAAGUAUAUGUCCAACAGUUCUGAGUCACAAUUCCCUAUACUACAAAUAAUUAACAUGAAACUGGUCAGAGAUGAACAACAAGACAUUCCUGGCUUUUGGACUGCUCUAUUUAAAGGACAAUUAAGUGUUUCAGACAUCAGCAUGGGGUUGUUGAAGAAUUCCAUGACAAGUCUGCUGCAAAUUUCCGCCUUUUUCUUACAAUUCCUGCAAGUUUGGAACAGUGAAAAAUCCAAUUAUAAAAUUACAGAUCUUCCUGCAGUACCACCACCUCCACCUGACCCCAAAUCCAAAAUGAUGAAAGGAAAGUGUCCAUUGUGUUUAAAACAUUGGCUUAUACCAACCGUACUGCCAGUUUCCGGGUACAUUUUCUGUUUCAGGUGUAUAUUGAGAUAUUUAAGUGAGAAUCAGAAGUGUCCAGUCACUAAUUUACCUGCAAAGCCUUUAGAUAUUGUUAGAAUUUAUGCAAAUGAAUGAUGGUUGUGGUUUUGUUAUACAUUUUUUGUUAGAAA